CCGCAGCCAAAGGAAAUGGAAAACACAGCAAUACAAUUUAUCUCCUUACAAAAGGUGAAGAAAAUGGCAGAAAAUGAGUUAAUAUGGAAGAACACUACUCUUCUUGUAAUUGAUAUGCAGAAAGAUUUUAUUUUGCCUGGUGGUCCGAUGCAUGUGAAAGGUGGUGAAGCUAUUGUUCCCAAUGUCAUCAAAGCAGUCGAAUUAGCUCGACUUCGUAAAAUUCCUAUUAUUUGGGUUGUUCGUGAGCACGAUCCUUUGGGGAGAGAUGUUGAGUUAUUUCGCCGCCAUUUGUAUUUACCAGACAAACCAAAACCAACUUCUAAGGGUAGUGUGGGUGCACAGUUGGUUGAUGGCCUAGUGAUCAAAGAUGGUGAUUACAAGCUCGUGAAGACGAGGUUUAGUGCGUUUUUCAACACUCACCUCCAUUUGUAUCUUCAGGGUCUUGGAAUAACUAAUCUGGUAGUCACCGGUGUACAAACUCCAAAUUGCAUUCGACAGACUGUUUAUGAUGCGGUUGCAUUAGAUUAUCAUACAGUUACUGUUAUUGUUGAUGCAACUGCUGCUGCCACACCCGAAAUACAUUUUGCAAACAUUGCUGACAUGAGAAACAUUGGAGUUGCAACGCCGAGACUUGAAGAAUGGUGUGCGCCUCACGAGUAAUGUUACUGUCUUAUGAUUAGAGCAACAAAUAUCUUCAUCAUGUACUUCUAUAUAUCCUUGAUCAAUAUAAGUUGGACUUGGACAAUAACAUUUAACAUAAUAUGAUACCAAAAUGUUGCAGUUGUGAAAUCAAUAGCUAAUAACAUAGUUACAUACGUUAUAAUGAAAAGAAAUGGUUACUUCUUAUGAAAUCAGUCUUUAAUUGCUUGCACCAUCAUCAACAUAGUUUAUAAGUAAUGUUUUGCAGGAAAAUGUUGAAGAUCUAUGUUAGCAAUCAUUAAUAAGGGGUGGAUUCUAAGAGAGAGGAUUGAUUUAUUCUUGUGUGUGUGUGUGUAGAGAUUUGUAUUUUAAACAUAAUAUGUAGCAAAAUAAUUUGAAUUUCAUCGCAGGUUGGAAGGUAUUAUAAAUUGCAAGGAAUUGUAAGGUGGGACUCAUUUAGAAAUAUUUUUGUCUUUUAAGAAAUGUUGGAGUAAUUUUCAUAAAAAUGAGAUUUUGAUGGGGGAGGCAAAGUUCAAAAUAAAUAAAUGAAUAAUUUAACUUUAAUUCACAACAUUACAGCUCAUCUCGAAGUAAAUCAAUGUAUAAGUUCUAUAUUCAUUGCUGAUAAACAUUUCUUCCCUUUUAUAACUAAUUUCCACAUUAAAUACAAUCAAAAAUUUUCAGGGUAUCUACAAUCAUAUACUUGUAAAUUACCAUGCAUCGGGUCUAGUCUUGCCUAUGUGGCAUAUAAAUAAACUCAAGUUUUGGAUGACAUGGAUAAAACUGUGUAAAAUUAAUAAAAUUCACUUCAAUGCAAAGAGACUAAGUCUCUACUUGGGUCUAAAAUAGACUUAAUGAUAGACCUGGUUUAU